AACUUAUGGAUGUGAUACUGAUCCACUUUCCAACUUUGGUGGUGACAAAUCACAACAACUACUAUAUAUAACCAUCAACCAAACACUUCCUAGCUUCUCCUUCUUUUCAAUUCAUCACAUUAUAUCAUACACAAAAAAUAACUAUGCCAACUACAAUGACAACAGAAAAAAGAAGAAAAAACAAUAAUUUCAAACGCCUUAAUUAUCUAUGUUUCUCAACUUUCAUAAACCCUUUCACUCCUCCUUCAACAUCUCUUCUUCAAAACCAACAACAAAUUGAUCACAACCGUCCAUCUCUCUCCACCGCUUCCGCCACGUCAUCAUCAUUAAUAAUAAAAAACUUCAACACACUCUACCACCACCAAAACCAAACCACCGAAACUGAUUCCGAACCCGAACCCGCAGAUUUCGCAACCGCCUUCGCCUCUAACCGUUUCUUUUUCUCUUCUCCCGGUCGAUCCAACUCCAUCGUUGAAUCCUCUUCAUCUUCCUCUUCAUCCUCGUCAUUAACAGCCACGGUACCGGCGCCGGUGAAUGAUUCCGAAAACUACAAAAGUAAAGCAAUUUUCGACGGAAGUGUGGCGGUGCCAACUUACUCGCCGGAUCCUUACGUCGAUUUCCGACGGUCAAUGCAAGAAAUGGUGGAAGCACGACCGGAGUUGAUGAACGAUGUGAAGUCCAAUUGGGAUACAUUACACGAGCUUCUUCUUAGUUAUCUUUCUCUUAAUCCAAAAAGUACACACAAAUUCAUUCUCGGUGCUUUUUCUGAUCUUAUCGUUACUCUUAUGUCAUUAUCUUCUUCUUCAUCUUCUUCUUCUUGUUCUUAUCCACCACCGCCGCAGAAUUCUAACGGUGGUGGCUGUGGCGGUGGAUGUUAAUUAAUUGUAAAUUUGCAAUUUAAUUAAUAAGUAAUUAGAAAAAACCUUAUUAUAUGGUAUAUAGUUGUAGUUGUUGAUUAAUAAGAAGGUGCAUGUGCAUGUGUAAUUUGAUAAUGUAACGUGCGUGACAGAUAA